CCUUGCACUGUCUCAAGCAGUGCUAGCUAGCUAGCUAGAGUUAAGCUAGUCUUCCUAUACCAUAGUUGAGACGCACCGGCUCCCAACAUUACGGUGCUACACUAAUUGAAUUCGCUCCCUCUAUAUUUCAAUCUAGACAAACAUCCAGGCACGGGGAUUGAGGCGUUAUCCUUAAGUAACCAAAUCACUGAAGAUGAUUAAGCUCUUUUCUUUAAAACAGCAGAAGAAAGAAGAGGAAUCUGCUGGAGGAAAUAGAACAGGAGCCGGGGGUAAAAAAGCAAGCGCGGCCCAGCUUCGAAUACAGAAAGACAUCAACGAGCUCAACCUCCCAAAGACGUGUGAGAUCGUAUUUCCAGACCAGGAUGAUCUAUUGAACUUCAAACUCAUCAUCUCACCAGAUGAGGGUUUUUACAAAGGAGGGAAGUUUGUUUUCAGCUUUAAGGUAGGCCAGGGUUACCCUCAUGACCCUCCAAAGGUCAAGUGUGAGACCAUGGUGUAUCAUCCAAACAUCGACCUGGAAGGAAAUGUCUGUCUAAAUAUUUUGAGAGAGGACUGGAAGCCGGUGUUGACAAUAAACUCCAUUAUAUACGGACUACAGUAUCUGUUUCUAGAGCCGAACCCAGAAGACCCCCUGAACAAAGAGGCUGCCGAGGUGCUGCAAACAAACCGACGGCUCUUCGAGCAGAACGUCCAGAGAUCGCUGAGGGGCGGCUACGUGGGCGCCACUUACUUCGAGCGGUGUCUCAAAUAGUUCCCGACCUCGUCUCGUUUUUUUUCGCGCGCCCCCCCACCCCACCCCCUCUAUGCCGGCCGGCUGCUUUUCAUCCCGAGACGCAUUUACCGUUUACACAAGCUGAGACACUGACUGACACACAGGACUGGAGAGAUUGGAGAGAUCUUUUGGGUGGGGCAGGGUGGGGUUGGGGGGGGCUAAAUGGGGGCGGGCAUUUCCGGGGGUGGGGUUGUUGGAGCAGGAUUGUGGGGUGAUGGUUGUAAUAGAUGUUGUCAGUGGGGUGCAGAGUGUAAAAGAAGGAUAAACAUAUGAUGGUGAGGAUGAUAUUUUUGUGUUUUCCCCCCUGAGAAGCAAGUCUGAACAGUCAGUGAAUGUCGUCGCUUGGAGAAUUCAGAUUCGGUAUAUGCCACCAUGCUGGUGCCCACCGUCUUUUUUUAAAUAUAUUUUUUUUGUUUGUUUAAUUUUUUUAAGCAAAAUUUGAAGUAACAUUGAUCUUAAAAAGAGAUUGAAAUUGCCUGAUUCUCGCCUCCCCGUACACACACACACAAAACAUGUAAAAUUCCUCUUUGUCAGUCACCACAUAGCCUACUGACGUUUCUCUGACUACCAGGAUCAAGGGAGUUUCAGUGAGACUGAAUUGUACUGAUGAUGCACACACACACACACACACACACACACACACACACACACACACACACACACACACACACACACACACUCCCUGCACAUGCUGGGUUCCCUUCUCUUAUGCGUAUUCUUGUUACAAAGCAGUACAAGAUGUAAACCACCAUCACUCCCACAACUUGGGUGAAGGAGAGGGGGCUGUACAUAGUUGCAGGCACUGCAUACACACAUACCAGUGAUUGUCACCAUUUACACCUGUUGAUUUGAGCAAGCCAACCCUUCAGGAUGUACUGACUGACUCAAAAAAUAGUGGAAAGUAUCAGAGGAGGUUAUAGUGGGAUUGGGAGACCUUUUUCUUUCUUUUAUUAUUAUUAUUUUUUUCUUUUCUUUGUUUCUUUUUUCCCUUUUUUGGGGGGAGGGGUGGGGGGUGUGGUAGAAGGGAGGGAUGGGUAAACCCAUAUAAGUGGGCUUAAGGGUGGGAAGGGUGGGGGGCUUAAAAUGUUACAAUUCUAUUGUGUAUAUUGAAAUCCCAGCUGUUCACGAUGACUGCAAUAUGAAUUAUGUUAAAUAAAAUAUGGACUUGAAUGCUUAUAAUUAUUGUAAUAUCCAUAAAUGGCACCAUACACAUAUGAAGACAAUUUGUUGAAUAAAGUAUUGAAAUGACCUUUAA